CAGUGGAAUAUAUGGAAUAUUUCUUCGUAAAUUUCAUAUCUCAUCUAAUUACAAAUAUUUCAUAACUAACUAAUAAUCUAUUUAUAUUCUAGUAUAUCAUAUUAUUUUAUUCCGUACAGUAUCUCACUUAUAGACUACUCUUAAUUCAUUUCAGAGCCGAGAAUAUCCAUAAAUACAUACAUAAGAAUUUUUUUUUUGACAGAUUUUUCAAUUAUCAUACAUAUAGUACCCACACCCUAAAAUGGCACUUCUCUCAAGAGUGUUGAAUCAUAAUUCAGAUAAACUGGGGGGUAAACGGUCUAGAUCAUCAUCUUUACAGUCAUCUGGUUCUACAUCUCCUUCAUUAAGAUCAUUUACUCGAUCUAGAACCAAUUCAGGUUUAACUGUUAAUACCGUUAAUACUUCACCUUCAUCACCAAAUUCUAUUAACCAUAAUUCUAAUAAUGCAAGUUAUGAUCCAGCUUAUUCCCUUUCAAUCCAUUUAGAAUCUCCUCCUAUAGUUCUUUAUGGAAAUCCAACUGAAUCAACUGGUUCAAUAAUUUCAGGAGUAUUAAAUUUACAAAUCAGAAAUCCAAAUCCAAAUCCAAAUCCAAAUUCAAAUUCAAAUCCUACCAGAACUUCUAAUGAAUUACGUGCUGUAACUUCUUAUCCUUUAGUAGCAAAUUCAACUAUAAGUUCAAAUUCUUCAUCAACUAGUUCAUCUGCUUCAACAUCUUCUCAUACUCCUCCAUCAUCUCCAUCAAUAAUUUCAACCACUAUAACAUCAUCACCUUUUACUUAUGAAUUUGAUAGUGUAACCAUAUCUUUAAUUCAAACAGUUAAAAUUUCAAAACCAUUUAUUAUACCUUCAUCAUCCAUUCAAAAUUGUCCUACUUGUACAAUUAAGAAAACAACCCUUGCAAGAUGGGAUGUUUUAACUUCUCCAUGUGCUUUCCCAGUAGGUAAACAUGCAUACCCAUUUUCUCAUCUUUUACCUGGUUCAUUACCUGCUACUUCUAAAUUAGGUUCAAUAAAUUCAUCAUCUUCAAUUAAAUAUGAACUUAUUGUUAUUGCUAAACGUCCUAAUCGUAAUAAUCAAAUUCAAAAGGAUAUUACUUUAACAAUUCCAAUUCGUAUAACAAGACUGAUUCUUCGUGGUCCUGAUAGAAAUUCUCUUAGAGUAUUCCCUCCAACUGAAAUUACUGCCAGUGCAGUUCUUCCUAAUGUCAUAUAUCCUAAAUCAAAUCUUCCAAUAGAAUUACGACUUAAUAAUAUUGUUAGUAAUCAUGGUGAUAGAAGAUGGAGAAUGAGAAAAUUAAGUUGGAGAAUUGAAGAAUUAGUUAAACUUAAAGCAUCUACAUGUGAAAAACAUGCAUCUAAAUUACAUCAGGCUGAAGUAUCUCAACGUAAAAUUGCUAAUAAAGAUUCCUCAUCAAAUCCUGGAUUUCAUAAUAAAUCCAAUGUUCAUUAUUCAACUAUUCAGACUAAUUUAUCUAUACAAAGAGAUCCUUUAAUUACUUCUAAUGUUUUCCAAAAUCAUCCAUUAAUACCAACAGAAACAACUAUGGGAGGUCAUAAUGCUUCAAAUGUAGAUACUAUAUCUGAAAAUGAUAUUGACAAUGAUAUGUCAGGAGCCAUUCAAUCAGCUCCAAUUAAUGCUCAUGAUAAUUUUAUUGAAGAUUUUGGAUCUACUAUUACUAGUAGUUCAACUAAUAAUCCAUCGACUCCAAUAACUCCAGUAGCAUCAUCAAUUAAUCCUCAAGGAACUAAUAAUGAAGAUGAUGAACAUUUAUAUAUUGAAGAAUUAAGAACUAUUAGUCAUGGAGAUAUUAAAUCAGGUUGGAAAUCUGAUUUUAGUGAUCGAGGUAAAAUUGAAUUAGUAGCUGAAAUUAAUGCCUUUAAUUUUAAUACCGGAUUAAAUAAUCAUAUUUCAAAAGUAUCUACUGAUGAUGAUCCUAAAAUUAUGAAUAAUGCUACAAUGAAUGAUGAUCAAAUUAAUGUUAGUUGUGAUAUUGAAGAUCCAACUUUAGGUAUUUAUGUUAAUCAUACUCUUGUAAUUGAAGUUAUUGUGGCAGAAGAAUUAGUUCAUAAUUUAGAAAGAAAAAGAGCUAGAAGUCAAUCAACAAAUAGAUUGAAUAAUGAUUCAGAUGAAUUAAUAACUACUUCUUCAACUACAUCAAAUACUGGAAUUGGAUCUUCUACUUCAUCCACGCCAAAAUCUCAAUCUCAACAACCUCAAGUAGGUGUUCCUACCGGGGCAGCUCGAGUUUUACGUAUGCAAUUUAAAUUAUGUCUUACUGAAAGAUCAGGUUUAGGUAUAGCUUGGGAUGAUGAAGUUCCACCUACUUAUGAAGAUGUAAGAGCUUUAAGUCCUCCAACUUAUGAUAAUCCAAGACAUUAUGAACUUCUGUCACCUUCAUCUCAAUCUCAAACUCCAACUAGUAUUCGAUCAAAUAGUUCUACUCCAAAUGUAUUAUAUGGAAUUGGAGAAACUCCAAUAGUUGGAAGUUUUGGUUUAAGAACUCAAGCAUCAUCAAUGACUAUUGAUGGGAUGAUUGAUUUAGAUGAUAGAAUUCAAGAGCUUGCGUUAUAAUUUCUAUUUAUUAUUCAAUUCUUAAUUUUAUAGACGUAAUUUUAUAUAUUACACCUACCAUUCCAUUUAUA